AUAUACUGCAGCUGUCCAUGGUUGUGUUUGGUGGGUGCGCGCGGUUCUCUGGGAUGCGACCAUAAUCACAUACCGUUAUUAUAUCUCUCUGGAUCAUUUCCCUAUACAGUGCAUCAAAACCGACUACAAGAGGUAAGCAUUCUCAUGGAUGUGGAUUUUAUUUUAUUUUAUAUAUAUACCCAUUUUCCCUAGCCCUUGAAAAUUACUGCUGAUUUGAGCGAGUUCUAUCUUGCAUCUAGAGAAGGCUAGCAAGCAAACCAACAUGGAUGCUGCGCAGUGCUGCUGGUGAUGCAGCUACAGAGAUUAACUGCACCAAGCAUCGCAUUUACAGAUUCAAAAUGAUCCUGAAUAUGUAUUAUAUUAUUUAUUUGUCCUUAUAGCAAAAGGACAUUCCAUGAAUGGGUCAUGUAUUCCAUGUAUUUAACCAGCGUCAAAGUGUACGGGUUUUGACAUUUUGCAAACGUCGAUUUUUGUUAAAAUGAGUCAUUUGAUCAGUCGUUGUUACAUGGCCUAUGAAUGGUAUCAGCUAGUUCGGCUGAAGGUUGAAGAUAUGGUAGUUUAUAUCGGCUUGAGGUUGAAGAUACGGUAGUUUAUAUCGGCUGGAGGUUGAAAAUACGGUAGUUUAUAUCGGCUGGAGGUUGAAAAUUAUUUUACGACUAGUCCGCCAUCUCAAUAAAUCUAGCCUAUGUGGCCAGCUGCUUCCUUGGAUGUAAAUAACGAUUCUCACUCCACAGGACCACCUCACAUUAAGUCUCAGCAUUUCCACUAUUACUUUAAAUUGAGCAUCCAAUUGAGUACAUUAUUUGAGCUGACAUUGUUUUUUAUUCAGGGAUAGGCCUAUGAUGGAAAAUGCUCAAGAUGAAUCAUUUUGGCCAUACCAUCACUACAGAAGGCCCUUGAGGUUUUCUUAAUGCUAUAGGCCCUUGUGCUGUCUUAAACUGUAGUAUCUUGAUGUUUGAAACAUCCUGCUAUAGCUUCAGACUGCACAAGGGGAUUUGUUAACUUCUUACUGAUUUCCUAUCGCAACAAUUGACAAUGACAGAGUUGACAGAGUAGCUAUUCUGAAAAAAGACCCCCUAGAGUACACAUUGCAAUUAAUAUCAGUGAUUUGCGUGAGACCUCAGCUCUAAAUUUGACAACACUGAGUGACUGAGAAUGACAACAAGUGAAUGUGUUAUUGAUUUAGUAAUAGCUACAUGAUUCUGGCAUUUGUAGACCUAUUCUAAAUAGAAACCCAAAAUAAUCUAAUAGUAUGUGACUAAAUUGUCUAAUUUGUUGUCGGAGGAGGCAUCUAGAUUCACAGGCAGAUUAUUUACAUUUUAGUCAUUUUAGCAGACACUCUUAUCCAGAGCGACGUACAGUUAGUGAGUGCAUACAUUUUCAUACAUUUACUCUGCUGUCCUCUUACAGGGUAGUCCUACUGGAGUCAGGGAAACCCUGCUGAGAGUGCACCAAUUUGGAGUGGCAGUAGGGAUAAGGUGUCCAAUAGAUUCCUGGAGUGUGGGAGUAUUUAGUGAAUUUGGGGCAGAAUUGCACAUACACUGUAUUUGUGAGAAUGAAAAAGACACUGCUUUAGUCAACACACAGGGUGCUAUAUGCUGAAUAAUAGAAUAAUGAUUACUCAUUUAUAAAUAAACAUCUGCAUUGCUUCCUUUUCUCUGCGUUAAGAUUGUGAAGGACGUGAGGCAUCAUGGCAGCUCAUGAACAGGCAAGACAGCGCUCACUCUCCACCUCUGGUGAAUCACUCUACAUUGUGCUUGGCAUUGACAAGCUAGCCACUCCCGACGAUAUCAAGAAAUCCUACAGGUCAGUCAGAAAGGCACAGACACUUACUGUAGUAGUCAUACUAAUACUCAUAAUCAAUAAAAAAGAAAAAAAUAAUUUCGAGUUAUAUAAAUAUAGACUUAUGUUGUGUUUAUUGGUAGAUUCUAAUUCUCACUCUUAUGUGUUCUUAGAAAACUUGCGUUGAAAUUCCACCCUGAUAAGAACCCAGAUAACCCGGAAGCUUCUGACAAGUUUAAGGAGAUCAACAAUGCCCAUGCCAUUCUGAACGACCCCACCAAGCGGAACAUCUAUGACAAGUACGGCUCCCUGGGACUGUACGUGGCUGAGCAGUUUGGCGAGGAGAAUGUCAACACCUACUUUGUUCUGUCCAGCUGGUGGGCUAAGGUGAGACUGCAAGGGGCCAUGGGGAGGUGGGGAGGUGAGGGGUCGACAUGUAGAGUGGACUUAUGGUCAAAUAUAACACAAACCCUGUAAAAAUAAAACAAAGCCUCUCUAACAUUGUUGGCUAUUGUUAUUGUUUUUUUUCUUCUUGAUCUCUCUCUCUCUCGCUCUCUUACACACACGCUGCCUUGUUUUCCCGCUGCAGGCGUUGUUUGUGUUCUGUGGCCUGGCCACUGGCUGCUACUUCUGCUGUUGCCUGUGUUGUUGCUGUAACUGCUGUUGUGGAAAGUGUAAACCGCGGCCCCCAGAGGGCCAUGAGCCCGACUUCUAUGUGUCCCCUGAGGACCUGGAGGCCCAGAUGCAGUCUGACGAGAGAGGUGAGAUCGACUGCUUAUUGUGUAAGAAACAUGUUUCUGCAUGAACACAAAUCACUUCAUCAGUGACUGGGGUUGCAUAAUGUUGGUAACUUUACCAGAGGUUUGCAACCCUAUCACUUACACUUGACUUGUCUCAAUUGCAUUGUAGUUUACUAUGGAGUGCCAUCAUCACUGACCCUUUAUAUCUUACCCUGUGCGUGUGCAUGUGUGUGUGUGUCGGUCUCUCUCUGACAGAGGCUGGCGGUGAAGCCAUCUUGGUGCAGCCAUCAGCGACAGAGACCACCCAGCUGACGUCAGAUGGUCACCAUUCCACCUACCAGACCGACAUGGGCUUCAACUAA